ACGACAGCUGCCUGCCAGCUCCUCUCGACUGGUCGACAGGCGCACAGUCUUAAACAUUCAGUAUACUAUGGCACAGCUCCUCGACUAUGCAACUGCAGAGGCAGAAUUAGCCAAAUAUGAGUCUCGCGACGGCCACUCGGCUGCUGAGCUCAUGGCGGAUCAAAACGGUCUGACCUACCAGGACUUGCUUAUGCUGCCUGGCUUCAUUGACUUUGGCGCCAAGGAUGUCACGCUCGAGUCGCGAAUCACAAAGAAUAUCGUCCUCAAGACGCCUUUCAUGUCCUCUCCCAUGGACACCGUUACAGAAGCCGACAUGGCCAUCAAUAUUGCGCUUCUUGGUGGUAUCGGCAUCAUUCACCACAAUAAUACUCCCGAGGAACAAGCAGCGAUGGUGAAGACGGUUAAGAAGUUUGAGAACGGAUUCAUCACAGACCCUGUUGUGCUCUCACCGGAAGCAACCGUAAGCGAAGUGAAGAAAAUCAAGGCUUCGUCCGGCUUCUCUGGUAUUCCAGUCACAGACAAUGGAAAGCUCGGGGGCAAACUACUCGGCAUCAUCACAUCACGCGACGUUGCGUUUCACUCCGACCCACAGUCUCCUGUCAGUCAGGUGAUGACGGCGGACCUAGUCACUGCGCCGGAGGGCAUUGCCCUCAAGGAGGCGAACGAAAUUCUUCGCCAAUCCAAAAAGGGGAAGUUGCCAAUCGUCGAUAGUAAUGGCAACCUCAAAGCACUACUUGCGCGGUCUGAUCUGAUGAAGAAUCUCAACUUCCCGCUCGCUUCAAAGCUGCCGGAAUCAAAGCAGCUCUACUGUGGUGCUGCCAUCGGCACGCGGGAAGCUGAUCGAGCGAGGCUCGCUCUCCUGGAGCAGGCAGGCUUGGACUUGGUUGUCCUUGACUCAUCCCAAGGAAAUUCUGUCUUCCAAAUAGACAUGGUCAAAUGGAUCAAGCAGACUUACCCGUCGAUGCAGGUCAUCGCCGGCAAUGUUGUGACACGGGAGCAGGCUGCCAAAUUGAUUGCUGCUGGCGCUGAUGGACUUCGUGUUGGUAUGGGCUCUGGCUCCAUCUGUAUCACACAGGAGGUCAUGGCAUGUGGUCGUCCACAAGCGACUGCUGUCUUCCAGGUGUCCGAGUUUGCUGCUCGAUUUGGCGUUCCCACCGUUGCCGAUGGUGGACUGAGGAAUGCUGGUGACAUAGUUAAGGCUCUUGCGCUUGGCGCUUCUGCAGUCAUGAUGGGUGGCAUGUUGGCGGCUGUGCACGAGGCACCUGGCGCAGUUAUUUACCAAAAUGGGCAGCGUGUCAAGGUCUACCGAGGCAUGGGCUCCAUCGCAGCUAUGGAGCACCAAAAGGGGCAGUCGUCAGAUAACGCUGCUGCUGGACGGUACUACUCUGAAGACGAUACCAUCCGCGUGGCGCAAGGCGUCACUGGCUAUGUGACGGAGAAGGGUUCCAUCAAGGAAUUUGUGCCGUACCUGACAACUGCCAUCCAGCAUUCACUGCAGGAUAUUGGCGUUCGCUCGCUCAAUGCGCUGCGAGCUGGCACUCAGGCUGGAGAGGUCCGUUUCCAGCUUCGAUCGAACGCCGGCAUCAUGGAGGGCGGCGUUGGCGGCCUGACGAGUUACGACAAGCAGCUGUUCAAGUAGACCUGUGUACUCCAUCUCGUGCUCUGUUUGUAGACUUUGCCUACGACGGUUUGUUUUAUUUCUCC